AUGUCAAUUCCUCCUCCUUCAUCUUUAACGCCUUCUCCAAGGGAAAGCAAGUCAAGUUUCAUAUACAAAUCGUAUGCCGAUGGGUUCUUUUCAAUUGCAAUUGAGUUAUUGAAUAAAGUCAAGAAAUCAAAUGCUUUACCUAACGAUAUUUCGUCUUUUAAGAGAAGACUUAGAGAAUUGCAUGAAACAUGCGAAAAAAUUGAUACUAACGUUGCAUCCAAGAUCGCAGAUGUCGAAAUUCCAAAACUUGCACAAUCAGCGAAUGAUUUAUGGGGAAAAACUAAAAUAGAGUUGAAAUCAAUGACACAAAUGCCAUUAAGAGUCGAAUUCAUAUCAGCACAAAACACAGAAUUGAUCAGAAUUGGCAAAAAAGCUCUUACAAUUAUUGAAUUAAAAGAAAAGUCAACAAUUUUAUCAGCAGAACUAUUUAGAGCUAUUUCAAACAUCGUGAAUGGCUUUCUCACAAUGUUUUUAUCUAUUUUAACACCAGGAAGAAUUGAUACGACUCAAAUUAAAUCUGUGAUCGAUAAUAUUUCACAAUUAAUAAAAGAUCUACCAAUAAAGUUUACAGCAUUCUGUUUCGAAGAGAAAACUUCAACAAAAACAGAAUUUUACACUUAUUUAACAAGAUAUCUGAAAAAGAUAAAUUCAAGAACCCAACAACUCUUAGAAGUUGGUAGUGACCCAGCCGAAGUAUAUCCGUACAUCCAUAGCUUAGAUAAAUUCUUUUCUCAGUUAAUGUCAGAUUUCAAGGUCGAAACCUUCUUCAAAGUCGAUCCUGAAGAGUUAAUUAAGACGUCCUUACGAUAUAUGGAUAAAGAACUUUAUCCUGCCUUAGGAUCUAAGAAGUUUUCAACAGACGUCCAAUCAAUGAUCUCUGGAAGCACAGUUGUUAAAGUUCCUAAUGACGGAAGCACUAUUCCAUGGUAUGUCGAUCCUAUUUUCAUAGAAUUGAAGCGAUUGAACUCAGAAUUGGAAGAAUUAGCUGAUAUGAGACUGACAAGACACGACGCAUUAGUUUCAUCGAAAGACCAACUUAAUGCAGAGGAAGUAGCUUCUCCUAAGAAGAAUGAAAUGAAUGUACAUCGUCAAUACGGAAUUAAAAACGUUAUUGAAGAAACAAUUUCGGCUUUGAAGCUACAGAUCGAAGAAACAAAGACUAGAACUGAUGAUUUCAAGUCAAAGUCUUUAAAUCCUUUAUCAGAAUUCCAAACAAAGUCGAAUAAUCAAAUAAUUCCUUCAGUUUUAGAUUAUUCGAUAAAAGAAGGCCAAAAACUUGAAUCAUCAAGACAGUCAAUGGUUGAAGCUCUCGAAGUUCGUCAUAACGCCGUUUUAGACGAAAUUGACAGAUAUCUCGGAUUAAUUGACACAGAAUCUAAUUCUGUCAAUGGAUUCAGACAGAAAGUCAAACAGCUUCAAAGGGAAAUCGAUCACGCGAGACAAGUCCUUGAUUCCGCAAUUGGAGAUAAUGAUCCACUUAAAUCUAAAAUUGAAGAUCUAUCCAAUGAAAAAGAUGCAUUGUCGCAAAGAGCUCUUGAUUUAGAUGCAGAAAAUUCGGCAAUUGAAGCUGAAAUCUCUCAAUUAAAGAAAGAAAUCGCAAAAACACAAGUUGAUGAUGCAAAUUUCACUGCUGAUUGCAAAGAAAUUGCUGAUGGACUCAGAAAGACCAUUAAAGAACUUUCUGAUCCUUUGGAAAGUCUCAAAAAAGAAUUGGAACAAAUCCGGCAAAAAUACAAAGAAUCAAAAGAAUUAUUACCUAAAUUAGAGGAUAGAAGAGAGUUCUUGGCUGAAGAAGUCUACGGAUAUAGAAUAAGACUUACUCGCGUCAAAGCUAGAUGGGAUUCAUCGAGAUUACUCGCUUUAAGUGAAAAACUUUCGCAUUUAUAA